CUGCUCAGCUGGGCCAGUGUUGGGACUGUAACACAACUGGGAGGUCGGAUUUUAGCACUUACCCUCCUGCACCGCUUGGUACCCGCAGAGAGGACCCCGCACCGUCCUUCUCCAGUCCUGCACUAUCCAGCUGAUGAUGCCUGCACGGUGGGAAACCUUCUCUGCCCUGUCACUCCCCCCAUCUAUAAUUGAGGAGGAUCUGGACGGAGACCCCUCAUCACAGCACUUAUGGGAUGGAGAGUGUGCAGAUGUGCUCCACAGAUGUUCCAGUAUCACCAGUUCGGAUUGUGAUUCCCUUCCCAGUUUAGACUGUGAAUCCCUACCAAAUUCUGACAGUGAAUCUCUCACAGGCAGCAACUCCUUCUUAGAGUGUGACUUUAAUGACUUAGACAACAUUUCUAUACCUGACUCUGAUCUGUUGACGGACCCUGAAGGGGAGCAGCUCUGUCCAAGUCUUCUGAAGCUGAUAAAGAGAUGUCUGACCAAAGCCAGGAUUACCUCCUUGAAAUGUUCUAGACUCCUGCCUCCUGAUGACCUGCUCCAGCACAUGGGCCAGGAACUCCUGCACUUGGCAUUCAGCGAGCCGUGUGGACUGCGGGGCGCACUUAUAGACUUGUGUGUAGAACAUGGCAAAGUCUGCCAUAGUGUGGCCCAGGUAUCUGCGGAUAAGACCGUGGUGCCUACUUUCCAGCUAACUGUCUUGUUGAGAUUGGACUCCAGACUCUGGCCCAGAAUCCAGGGUCUCUUCAGCACCAAACCUGUCCCGGGUUCUGGGCAGUCACUGAAACUGAGUUCUGGCUUUAAGAUUUUGAAAAAGAAGCUAUACAGCUCUGAAGAAUACAUAGUGGAGGAAUGUUGAUAACACUAGUGGUGGUUCCAUUUUUUCUUUUUUCAAUGUAAAAAAAAAAAACUUUGAAAGAUUGAAGAUAACAUUGCAAUCACAGAAUUUUGAGGGUUUUUUCUUUUUUACCAUAGGGGGGAUGUUUAGUUUAACAGUAACUGUUUUAGCUGGUGCACAAUUAUUGGGUUAAUUUUGCUGCUAAACUUGCCAGUGGCUGGGAAAGUUAACCCAUUCACAGUCAGAGUGGUGUCUGCACUUUGCUCUCAUUACUCUGUCAGUGAGAGGAAACCUAAAAUCCAGGUUUUGGGUAUUUUCCAUAAAAUGAAGUAUUUGUCUUUUUUUUUAAUUGAUACAAUUCACUCAUGGGGUACUGAGAACUGAGUUCAAAUGACAUAUGCACCUAAAUGUACUGAAGUUGGUAUAUUGCACUGGGGGACUUUUUGUAUACUCUAACGGCAGCUGGACUGCACCUAGGUGGAUUGAUUCUACCUCAAUGUUUUUUAGUGUAAAAUGUAAUCCUUGAACCAAAUGUACAAUUUUGCCCUUGAGGCAAAGUGUUUGUUGCCUGUAUCUGACUACUGAGGUCACGGCAGCUAGAGCUCAUUUCAUGCAGCCAGCGCAGUGUUGACGGUCUGCCUGGGCAAGCACUGCCACUUGCUGAAUAUUGUAUUAAACUGCUGCUUAUGACUGUUUACAGUGUUACACUUGACGUUCAAGUACAAAUCCACAAUGUGCCUUUUUUUUACUUUUCUAAUAAAUGGUAAAUAUUAAA